AAUGUAAACAAUAACUUAACCUCAUUUGGUAAUAAACUUGGCGACUUCACUUCACACGAGGCUGUAGAAUUGAGAAAUCAGAAAUGCCUAAAAGAAAAUCAAAAACAGAAAGUAAAGAAAGAAAAAAAGCAAAUUCCGAGACAGUGCAAAGUGAAGAAUCAAAAUGUGAGGAGCAAGUUGGUGAAGAGGUUAAACAAAUCGAUUCGCUCACCUCUCCAUUACACAAUGAAUCAACAAAUGAAAAUAAGAAAAAAUCAAUUGCUAAAACUCGAUACGUAGUGUUCGUAGGGAAUUUAUCAUACGCCAUUACUGAAGACGAUAUCCGCAAACACUUCGCUAAAGCAGGCAAUAUUGUUGACGUAAGAUUAAGUAAAUCUUCUAAAGGGUUCGCAUUUGUGGAAUUUAAAGAUAAAACGUCUUACGAGAAAGCUUUAUCGUUAAAUCACACUUUUUUGGAUGGGCGCCGUAUAAAUGUUGAAUAUACAGAUAAGGCGUCCAAAAAGAAGAAAAUUGUGAAAAAGAAUUUAAAACUCCAAGCCAUGAGGAAGGCGGGCAAGUUGCAGGGUAGUGUUAAGUCGAAUAACAAACGAUCUGUACGACGAGCGAAAGCGAGAAAAGCUGCAAAUAAACCAGAGACUUGAA